AUGGCACAGAAAGUCAGCAGCACCCAGACCACAGAGCUGGACAAGUUCAUAGAGGACCAGCUUGUUCCUGACACCAGAUUCCGUGCCGAGGUCAUAGCGGCCAUCGAUGUUGUGUGUGCAUUCCUGAGGGAGCGAUGUUUCCAAGGUGCAGAUCCUAAAGUGAAAGUCUCCAAGGUGGUGAAGGGUGGUUCCUUUGGAAAAGGCAUCGAGCUGAAAGGCAGGUCUGAUGCCAACUUGGUGGUGUUCUUUAACAAUCUCACCAGCUUUGAGGAUCAGUUAAAGGGAAGGAGAGAGUUCACCCAGGAAAUUAAGAAACAUCUGCACACUUUACAGCAAGAGAAAAAGUUUCAGCUGGAGUUUCAGAUCCAGGAUGAACAACAGCCCAACUCCCAGGUGCUCACCUUCAAGCUGAGAUCCCCUGAACUGCAGCAGGAGGUGGAGUUUGAUGUGCUGCCGGCCUAUGAUGUCCUGG